AUGUCGACCGCGAGCGGCCCGUCCUCCGGCGGCGGCGACGUGAACGUGCUGCUCAAGGCCAUCGCAGAGCAAGCGGAGCGACUGCGCGCGGCGCAAAAGACCCACGGAGAGUUCCACGAGCGCGUGUCGGACGACCUCAAGCAGUUGGCGCUGCUCUUCGUCAUGAACGGCGAGCACGACAAGGCGCUCCCGCUGCUGCACCAGCGACUCGUCAUCCACGAGAAGUUCGGCCCCGACGACCUGACAGCGGAGGCGCUGCAGGAGCUGGGCACGGUCUACAGACUCCACGGGGUGCCCGACAUCGCCGUGCAGCACCUGUUGCGCGCGCUGGCGCUGCGCGAAGAGUGCCACGGCAAGAACAGCCUCAAGGUGGCGGAGACGCUCAACAGCCUCGCGCUCGUCAGCCAAAUGCAGGGCGAGAUGGAGCAGGCGAAAACGUACCAGCUGCGCAGCCUCCGGGUGCUGUACGACAGCGCCGAGCCGGAAGACAUCGAGAGCGAGGACAUCCCGUGGGAGGUCUACAAGCGCCUCAAGCAGCAGCGCGGGCCUUCCACUGCAGCCAACAGCGUCACGCUACUUAAAGGAAACAUGCGCAAAAGCGUCAUGGACGUCGUCUACAAGUCGUCGGGGGCUCUGAGCCCCACCGAGGAGUCUGCGAGGCUGGAUAAGGGUGAAGCUGCGGGGGUGAAGAGCAAGACGCUCGGGUCGAAGGCAGGGGCCACCAUCGCCAACGAGCAAGAGUCGGUUGAUGUGGACCGAAGACGCGUGUUGAGGUCUCACUCGGAGACUUCGGCACAUUCGCUGCCCCACGGAGGCUCCACAAGCGACCGGUUCUCCGCUUUCCACUCCAGCGGCGCUGCCUCGAUCGCCGACGAUCCCGAUGACGCCGAUUUUGACCCCCUCGCUCAAUCGAGGGUCAAUCUAGCCCCGAACCCAAGCUUGCAAUCGCUCCGACCGCGACACGACGCACCACGGAGCAGUGGCGAGUCACCGCAUGGCACCAAGACCGAGGCCCCUCCUUCGCGGUUGUCGUCAGCAGUCCCCAUCGGGCAGAGCAUUCGGGACUUCCCGACGCUGCAGCAGCGCGUGGAGUCCUUGAAGCGCCGGAUUCUCGCCGGGUACCCGGACGUGAACGCGGACGUGGCUCGACUAACAGCAGACGUGGACCGCAUUAAAGCACGGGAGCUGAGGGAAGUAGGUGUGACGAUGGUGGCGCUAGUGCGCGAGAUGAACAGACUCUGCAUCCGCACGGACCUGACCCAGCAGCAGCUGCCCGUGUUGGAGGGCAUGCUGGAAAAGAAGAGCGCGUCGAUCUUCCGCGGCUGGGAGAAGCGCUGGUUCAAGGUCGACCCCAAGACGUUCAUCCUGAGCUACCACUUCAGCAAGGACGACUACGCGCGAGGGUUCACGCCUCGCGGAGGGUUCGCAGUCUCGCGCAUCUCCAACAUCCUCGUCCAGCGCCACGCACGCGGCAACCACUUCCACUUCGAUGUAGUCGUGGAUCUGAGCACGCGGCUGAACCCGCAGGGGUCUCGCACCUACGAGCUGCGGUGCGAAGACGAAGAAUCGCUGCGCUACUGGGUGGAGACUCUGCACUACUACAAGGCCAUGGCCCAGAAGACCCCGCCCCGCCCUUCGACCAGCUAG